AUCUGGAUGAUAACCCAAAUGAUAGUGAUAAUAAACUAGAUGAUAAUUUUAUAAGUGAUGAGAUGUUCAAGAUAUCUAAUAUAAAUAAAAAGAUAACAGCAACAAAUCUGCGUAUUAAUUAUAUGUAUCGUGGUGAGCAAUUGAAAAAUAUGUGUCUUUAUGACUAUGCAGCUACACUUUAUAAAAUAAAAACAAAUAAAAAAGAGUUAGAUAAAAUUACAAGACAAAAAUAUCAUGAAGAACGAGCAACAAGAAAUAUAGAAUUUGUUAACAACACAAUGGUUUAUUUGCAUUUCAAAAAUAAACUUAGUAAAAAAAAAACUAUAGCAUUAAGAAAACAAAUAGAACAAACAGAUGAUGAUUUAAAUCCUGAAAAGAAUAAUAUACCUGAACUUUCUGCAUAUACUCUAGCUGAAAAAAAUUUAAACAAUUUGCAAGUAAAUUUGCUUCAAGAAAUUUCAAGUAUUAUAUUGGGAUGUUAUAGAUCUGUACGAGCAAAACUUUUAACUGCCCAUCAAAGUGCUUGUGAGAAUUCAGAUAAGGCAUCAGUUGUUGAAAAUUUUAAUUGUGCUAAAUCUACA